UUACUGCUGGUGACAUUUAUGCUUGUAAAUAUUAGUGGAUAUUUUACUACAAAAAUUUGAAUCAAACUUUUAUAAGUGAGGAUACGUACUUGCAAGGCUCUUAAUGCUCCAUUUUUUUUCAAAAGUUUAGAAAAUUACAAACACAUUCAUAAUAAGCCAAUAAAGACGCAGUGAUUAUUUUUUUGGGGAGGUCUUCUUUAUGAUGGACAACAGAAAAGGUUUAUAAACCAUUAGAAACACAUGUUCGAAUACAGAUGCUGGAGGAAUGGAGGUCAGAGGCUUCUUUAUCAGAAAGAGAUUGGCUGUGAGUUUGUUGAAGGGAAUGUUGUUUGUGGUUUUGGGUUGGUCUCUAGACGGUCUGAAACAAACGGCUGAUCCAAUAGAGGACCUGAGUGCUGCUGGUGUCACUGUUGAAGAUUCAUCAACUAACUGUACCUUACAGGGGGCUCCUUGUGUGCCUGUAUUCUCAAUGGAUGGUGACUUUAUUGUUGGAGGCGUUUUCUCUUUACAUUACAAAGUGAAAACAGUGAUGCACAAUUACACCACCAAACCUGAGCCUGCAACAUGCACAAGCUUUUUUGCUCGGGUUCUGCCUUCAUCUCGCACAAUGAUCUUUGCAAUCAAAGAGAUAAACAACAGCACAGAGCUGCUGCCAGGCAUCACUCUUGGCUAUCGGAUCUAUGACUCUUGUGCUUCGGUGCCGCUGGCUAUGCAGGUGGCGUUUCAACUAUUAAACAGUCAGGACCCUGUGUUUAACAAAGACAGCAACUGCUCUCAUGCUGGUAAAGUGCUGGCUGUUGUCGGAGAGUCUGGAUCGACACUGUCCAUCAGCAUGUCACGCAUUAUUCGGUCCUUUCAAAUUCCUCAAGUAAGCCCGUCUGCCACGUGUGCCUGCCUGUCAGAUAAGCAGCAGUUCCCUAACUUUUUCAGAACAAUUCCCAGUGACCAGUUCCAGGCCGACGCACUGGCCAAGCUGGUGAAACACUUCGGCUGGACUUGGAUAGGAGCUGUCCGCUCAGACUCCGAUUAUGGAAAUAACGGCAUGAAGUCUUUUCUUGAUGUGGCUCAGAAUGAAGGAAUCUGUGUGGAGUACUCUGAAUCUUUUUAUCGGACCGACCCACGCAGCAAGAUCCAAAGAGUGGCUGAUGUUAUCCGCAGGUCAACGGCAAAGGUUGUUGUGGCAUUCAUAGAUUCUGCCGAUAUUAAGAUUCUGUUGGAGGAACUGGCUCUGGACCCUCCACCACCUCGUCAGUGGAUAGUUAGUGAGACCUGGAUAACUGAUCUGCAGUUGAUGAGCUUCAGUUUCUGCACAGGAGCCAUCGGAGUUUCAAUUCAGCAGUCCGUUAUCCCAGGUCUGAGAGAAUUCCUGCUGGAUCUUUCUCCAUCUGAAAUAGCUGCCUCCCCAGUGCUGACUGAGUUCUGGGAGGAUGCAUUCAACUGCAGCCUGAAAGACAGUGAGUUGACUGAUCCAAUGAAAAGAGUGUGUGACGGAGCGGAAGACAUAAAAAACCUCAAAAACCCAUACAUUGACACAUCCCAGAGAGUUGUUAGCAUGGUGUACAAGGCUGUGUAUGCAAUAGCUCAUGCUAUUCACAAUGCAGUGUGUCAGGAAAGUAACUUUACCACUCAGUGUGACAAAAACAUCAGACUGGACCCUGAACAGGUUCUGUCAAAGUUGAGAAAAGUCAACUUUUCCCACAACGGUUAUCCUGUGUCAUUUGAUGUAAAUGGGGAUCCUGUGGCCUUUUAUGAGCUGGUCAACUGGCAGAAGAGGGAGAAUGGAGUAAUUGAGCCGGUAACAGUAGGGUACUAUGAUGCAUCACUGCCAAAAGGCCAGGAGUUUCGUAUCAUUGGAAACCCAACCUGGGUAGAGAGCAGCACACAAGUCCCAGUAUCAGUGUGCUCUGAGAGUUGUCCCAGAGGAAGUCAUAAAGUCCUGCAAAAAGGAAAACCCAUCUGCUGCUAUGAUUGUAUACCAUGUCCUGAAGGAGAGAUUAGUAACAUGACAGAUUCUCCAGACUGUUCCCCGUGUCCCAGUGAAUUGUGGCCUAAUGUACAAAGAGACGCUUGUUUCCCCAAACCUGUGGAGUUUCUUUCCUAUGAUGAAGUCCUGGCAAUCAUCCUGGCUGCAUUCUCUGUUAGUGGGGCCUGUCUGGCCAUCAUAACAGCAGCUAUUUUCUUUCAUCACAGAACAACUCCAAUUGUCAGAGCCAACAACUCUGAGCUGAGCUUCCUGCUGCUCUUCUCUCUGACUCUGUGUUUCUUAUGUUCAUUAACUUUCAUCGGAGCUCCCUCUGAUUGGUCCUGCAUGCUGCGACACACAGCGUUUGGUAUCACCUUUGUUCUCUGUAUCUCCUGUGUUCUUGGGAAAACUGUAAUGGUUUUAAUGGCCUUUAAAGCUACACUUCCAGGUAGUAAUGUCAUGAAAUGGUUUGGGCCUCCACAGCAAAGAUUGACUGUUUUGUCUCUUACUUUCAUUCAAGUUCUUAUCUGUACUGUGUGGUUGUUACUCAGCCCUCCAUUCCCAAUGAAGAAUCUGAGCACAUACAAGGAGAAGAUCAUCCUGGAAUGUGCAUUAGGUUCUGCUGUUGGGUUCUGGGCUGUGCUCGGGUACAUUGGCCUGCUGGCUGUUUUCUGCUUUGUGUUAGCUGUUCUAGCUCGGAAACUACCUGAUAAUUUUAAUGAAGCCAAGCUGAUAACCUUCAGCAUGCUGAUAUUCUGUGCAGUGUGGCUCACCUUCAUCCCAGCAUAUGUCAGCUCUCCUGGAAAAUUUACAGUAGCUGUGGAGAUAUUUGCUAUUCUGGCCUCCAGUUUUGGACUGAUUCUGUGUAUAUUUGCUCCAAAGUGUUUCAUCAUCUUAUUUCAACCAAUAAAAAACUCUAAGAAUUUUUUAAUGAAUAAAAACGUAUUGUAAGAUUUUACAGGGAAUUGAGAGAAAACUCUUGAAAACAAUGAACUCCAAACCAUAGAUUUUUAAAGGGGUAAGUUUGCCAGUCUAACAUUUUAGAUAAAUAAAAAUAGAAUUAGAAAUUAGAAAAUGUAACAAAUACACCCCAUUUGACAGCAAUUAUUUGAAUGCCACCAUUGUCUGUUUAUGUUACAAAUGAAUGGUUUUCUUUUUGAAGGAAUAUGUUCAACGUGCCAAGAAAAAUAAAACAAUAAU